AUGCCUGAAUUGGCGGAGUCCAUCAAAGCCAUACAAGAAGCAUCAAAGGAAGAUCGCUUCACGUACCUUACCAUUCUCCAGUACCAUGUUACCUCUCCGGAAAUCCUACCCGCAUUAGACGAAAUUCUCCAGAAUGCCGAACUCACCCAAGAAAUUGGUUGGGAUCUUGUACAGAUGCUUCUAAACAUAGAGGGAUCCGAGGGAUGUCUUGAGACAGUAGCUCGUCUAGGUAACCCCCGCGAAGUCGUCAUCAAGGUCAUGGAAGCUUUGGAGGGACUUGCUGUCGCUUGGAAUGAUGAAGUGAUCGUCGAUACCCAAGAUCCCGGAGUCAUCCCUGAUUCUAAAAUCCCCGGAAAGUUCAUCAUUCUACUUGGCAUGCUAGGUAUUCUCCACCAGCGUAUCAAGACCAAGUACCCCUCCAGAUUUCUAGGACCCUCUCUAGUGAAGGUGUUUGAGGCCUAUCAGCCUACGCCAGAGAUGACUGCAUCGGUUAUCAACCUAGUCUACUCCCUCUCAGGUCGCAAGAGACCACCUCUACCUAGCCGAAAAUCCAGCAUUAAUGUCGUCAACCCCGAUCAGGAUGGGGACUCAUCAAAGAACGCACCUGAUCCUGAGGCUGAGCAAGAGGAUCCGAAGGAAGAUGCCAUGCAACGAAAAUUAUUGCAGGCCUUCGUCACGUGUAUCUUACAACGAUUUGUCAAUGCGCAUGAUAUGUUAUGGUCACCCCGACUGUUAGAAGUCUAUAACCCGCAAAAGACAAUACCAGGCAAGAAGACGACAACAGAAGCCUUCCGGGAAAAUGAAGAAUUGCAAAAACGUGAUGCAGUAGUUGGGCACUUAGUUGCCUUAUUGCGAGAUCUUGGCCUAGAUAAAUGUGAAGGCCAGUUCGUGAAGAGCAUCUUUGAGGGUCCAGUACACAUUGACCCUCUAGCAGCUUUCGACGACUUCUCAUCGGCCGAUGAGAUUCACCUGUCCGCUGGUGGGGCAGUAUGUCUCAUCGCUUACUGGAUCUUCUCAAAAGAUGUCUUCAGUUCAGACAGCCCACAACCCGACAUGCAUAUCUUCCCAGAUCACGCUUCAAUGCUGGGAAGAUUUCUCGGAAGGGAAGUACAAUCGGAGAUCAUUUCUAGCCCUGGAAUCGCUGAUGCUUUGCUAGCCAUCGGCCUUGGACUCGAGCAUCGCAAUUUAAUAAAGAGGGGAGAAGAGCCAAUUCUAAUGGCGUAUCACCACAACCUAACACUCAUCUCCGUAUUCCAUCCAGACAUCCAAGUUAGGAAUGCCGCUACCACCUAUGCUGGCUCCCUUCUCCACGCCGAACCCGACGACCAGAUCCGAUUAGAAAUCCUAGAGGAUUUAUUAGAAAAUUGCAUGUUUGCUUCCCUGAAAGCGUGCGCCAUCACAUGGCUUAAAGAAGAAAUCAUCGCUGCUAAGCAAGGGAACCGAUCAAAUCAAUUUUCAUCGCCCGACGUCAUUGAGAAGCUUCAAUAUUUCUUAUUCCCCGACAUGUUGUCCCUUAAUGGAUCGAGUGCUGAGGAUCUAGUGGAAUUCUGGGCCCAAAAUCACAUAUUCCUCUUACAGGUCGCGAACUUUGCUUACCUACUCUUCACUGGCUUCAAGGAGCUCGUACCAGCGGGUAUGGGUGCUGCUGUCGGACAACGAUUUGUGGAGCCUUUGAUUGCUGCGACGGAGAAGCUCCGGAAGGCCGAUGGUGCAGAUGGCGAAGAUCAGAUGCAGCUCAGCAUAUUAACGGAUCGACUGCGAAGCCUAGGUCUACAAUAG